CCGCUUUCUCGCUCCUCUGAGGCCGGAAGGACGGGGAGGAGAGGCGCUCUGGUUCUCUUCCUCUCUAUGGUCCGGCGCGCAAGCCGAAGAGGGCUGACGUUGGACAACAAAGAUGGCGGCCGCGGGAGGGAGCAGCUGCAGCAACUACUGGGAGGAUCUGCGGAAGCAGGCUCGGCAGCUCGAGAAUGAGCUGGAUCUCAAACUCGUGUCCUUCAGCAAACUAUGCACCAGCUAUAGCCACAGCAACUCCCGAGAAGGAAGAGCUGACAGAUAUAGCUCUGACACAACUCCUCUCCUGAAUGGGUCAAGCCAAGAUCGAAUGUUUGAAACAAUGGCUGUGGAAAUUGAACAGCUCCUGGGGAAGCUUACAGGGAUCAAUGACAAAAUGGCCGAGUAUACGAACAGUGCAGGAGUGCCAUCCCUGAACGCAGCUCUGAUGCAUACCUUGCAGCGGCACAGAGACAUCUUGCAGGACUACACACAUGAAUUCCAUAAAACCAAAGCAAACUUCCUAGCAGUACGGGAAAGAGAGAAUCUUUUGGGGUCAGUCCGGAAAGAUAUCGAAUCAUACAAAAGCGGGUGCGGUGUGAACAACCGGCGAACAGAGCUGUUCCUGAAGGAGCACGAACACCUUCGGAAUUCCGACCGGCUGAUAGAAGAGACGAUAAGCAUUGCCAUGGCAACGAAAGAAAACAUGACCUCACAGCGAGGGAUUCUGAAGUCCAUACAAAGCAAAAUGAACACCUUGGCCAAUCGUUUCCCAGCCGUGAACAGCCUGAUCCAGCGGAUCAACCUACGCAAGCGGCGAGACUCUCUCAUCCUGGGUGGCGUCAUCGGCAUUUGCACCAUCUUGUUGCUGCUGUACGCAUUCCAUUGACGGACACUUUCUGUAGAGACUUCUGCGUCCGGGUUCUGCGUCCUGGCCCAGGAAGCACGGACAGGCAAAGACUGUGGGGUGGCACUCUCUCCAGCUAGGCCAAGGGUGGUGUCCUACAGCAGGUUCUCUCUCCCUCUCUGAGGCUGCUCACCUGUUCUGAAGUGGCAGCGUUUGAAUUAAAACUUUGCUCUAAUAUUUCUUCCCUACACCCUCCCACUUCCGCCCCCCCCCGGGCCCUCGUGAAAAUCUCCUCUCUUUGGGUCAAGGUGAGUGUAAUGCGCUCUCCACAAUCCCCUUUGAAAUUAAGGGGGAAGAAAAUCAUCUUCUUCCUCCAAAACAGGAUCUUCUGCAUACUGUUUUCAAAUCCAUGUCCAAGGAAAUCCCCCAAAUAUUUCAUGACCAAGCUGUCCUUAAACUAUUCCGUUCGUUCUGGUGGUUUUUAAGCCAACGGUCUGGUUAGUACAGACUUUGGAAAUGCUUUGCAUUCUUUGGAAAUGCUUCAGAUUUCUCUGCCGCUCUUGAAUUCACAACGGAAAUCAAAUUUGCUUUGUAUGCCGGGCCCAAAUAUCUAAACUUCACUUCAGGAGAAAAAUCAGAGGGGGAUUAUUGGUCGCUUCAAGGGGGCGGAUCUUUCAAGGAGAGGGUAGGAGUGGAACAUAGACACACACACACUCUUUGGGGAGCUGGGAGAGGUAGUCGCCUUCUGUAGGUCUCAUUUCCAGAGCGUUGAGAGUGACCAAAGUGUCUCAAAUCGUGUUUCGGCUUUGGCUGGCCCAUCAGACUUCAUGCAAGACCUGAUUUGUUUCAAAGAUUCUUAUUUUAAUUUAGACGCAAAGCUACUCUUGAGUUUUAUUUUUAAGUGUAAAACCAAAUUGCACUGGAUAAAGGGAAGGUGGAGGAGAAGCGACUGCAGGCACCUUGCAUGCGGAAGCCCUCCUGGUGGGGGCGCAGACCCGCCAAGGAAGGUUUCAGGACCCCUCUCUGCAAAGAGCCAAUGACACCUUUUGGAUCUGGCACUGUUCCGGGGAAAUCUUCUCAGAGGCUUUCAGCAUCCGACGCCCUUCUUGUUGCAUUCAUCUGGUAACGGUUGUUUUCUAAUUUCAGUUGUCUCCUUAACAAGGGAAUUGAACAAAGCACCCAGGCUUUGUUUUGUAUCUGUGUGUGUCCCCCAGUCUCCUAACUGAAAGGGUCUGUUGCCUGAUGGGAUGCUAAUCCUGUUCCAACCCACACACACACUGAACUCCAUUUUUUGAUAUGAGAUGAGGGGAGAUUGAAAUGGGUGGAUGGUUCUAUUGCAGGCCCUCCCAUCUGAGCAGACUGAGCUACUUCUCUGUCCCCCAUCUUUCCUCUUCUGGCUGCAGAGUCGGCCUCUCUGCAGCUCUAAUUUCUUAUCCCGGAGUCUGUGGAAGGCAAAGCCCUGUGCCCACAUGGGGCAUGAAAUGAAAUGGAUUGGCACACUCGUUGCGAUCCACAUGGACUCCGGAAGCCGCCACUGUACAGAUAAACAUCCUCUGAUUCCAGAUAAAUUGAUUAAUCAGCUGUUGAUUCUCUUUGGAGUUUGGCUGGCAGUUUUCCACAGUGAGAAAUAAGAACGAUGGGUUCAUCUCUUCUGCUGGUUAAGGGGGUCUUCAACCAGUUGGUCUAGGGGGAAUGCCUGGUUUGAAAUAAACAUUGCUAGGCUUUUAGAAAAACGAAAAGUCUUAAGACGAGUUGUUUCAAGGCCAAGAUCAGAUCUCUGUGUUUGGAGAUGGAGCGAACGACCCCCCCGAACCCUUUUGUUUUCUCGAGUUACCCCUAAAUUGGUGGUUCUGCCCUGCUGACAUGGGAAGGGUUUGGUUGCUUCACGUAGCUGGCAAAGUAAUAAGUACUAUACUAAAUAAAUAAAAUCCGUUUAUUUAAUCUAA